AUGGGAACAUCAGAUUCUGAAAUAAUAUCUCAACCAGAAAUGGAUCAGCCUAGAGAUGAGACGAGCCUUCAGUCGUUGGGGCUUCAAUCAUCGAUCUACUUUCUCACACUCGAUGAGUUCCAACACACUCUUUCUGAGAAUGGUACUAAGAACUUUGGAUCCAUGAACAUGGAUGAGUUCCUCAACAGCAUCUGGACCGCCGAGGAACAUCAAAAUCAAGCUCACGCGCACGGCCAAGCCCACCCGACUGCCACCGUCCCCUCUACCAACAGUAUCCUGCAUUUUCCACUGCAUGAAGCUAAUGGUACUUGUGUUGGGAAUGGAAUAGCCAAGCAGUUGAGCUUGUCUAGACAGGGCUCACUCAGCAUCCCGGAGCCUCUCUGUAGGAAGACCGUGGACGAGGUGUGGUCUGAGAUUCACCUCAGUCGCCACCAUGGCAACAGCAAUAUUCCCAAUCCCAACACUGCUCAUAAACAGCCUACUUUUGGAGAGAUGACGCUCGAAGAUUUCUUGAUACGGGCCGGGGUUGUCAGAGAACAGAAUCUGGCAGCUGCUGCGGCAGUGCCUCCUCCUCCUCAUCCUCAGCAGCCGGCCUUCGGAAUAUACCAGAACAACAACAGCCAUCCUGCAAUGGGGCCAAGCUUCGUUGCAAGACCGGUGAUUGGUGUUGCAGGUUAUCAGCCACUGCAGACGGGUGUGGGGGACGAAGCAGGUUACGGAGGAGGGGUGAAAAGCUACUCACAAGGCCCUCCUCCAGCAGUCGGCUACGGAGGGAGAUUGGGAAUGGGGUCGCCAGUGAGCCCAUUGUCGGAUGGAAUGGGGGCGGGGCAAGUUGAGGGUGGAGUGGAUGGGAUGAGUGGAGAACGGAGGCGGGGCUUAGAUAGGCCGGUGGAGAAGGUGGUGGAGAGGCGCCAACGAAGAAUGAUCAAGAAUAGGGAGUCUGCUGUCAGAUCUAGGGCCAGGAAGCAGGCGUACACGGUCGAGCUCGAAGCAGAGCUGAACCAACUCAAAGAAGAGAAUUUAUAUCUGAAGCAGGCUCUGGAGGAGUUGGAGAGGAAAAGAAAAGUAGAACAGUACUACGAGGAACAGGAGGUGCAAAAAUCAUUCAAAGUUAGUGAGAAACUAAGAGCAAUGAGAAGGAGUUUGAGUUGUCAUCAAGCGAGGUGGGGUUUGAUAUUUACAUCAAUGGCUACAUACACUUCCCCUUAUUUUACACCUCCGGAUGCUGGGAGACGGGCUGGGGUAUUGACUGUUCUUGGAGGGAGAAUUUCCCCAUUGAAAAUUGUUGAAGAAAUGAAUGGGUUUUCUGGUGUAACUCAAAAAUGUAGUUCAGGUCUCCCACAGUUGAAAUGUUCGGCCAAUUCCCAUAGUGUGAAUCAGUUUCAUAGCAAGGACUCGUUUCUGAACCUACACCCUGAGAUCUCGAUGCUUAGAGGUGAGACGAGCACUACCAUGAUCAACCCAAGACAGGAUUCGUCAAGUGGAAAUGUUACUGAGAGUGUUAGAGACUUAUCUACUUUAAACAAUUAUAGUGAAGCCAAGAUCAAGGUUAUUGGCGUUGGAGGUGGUGGAUCCAAUGCUGUUAACCAUAUGAUAGAGAGUGAAAUGAAGGGGGUUGAGUUCUGGAUAGUUAACACUGACAUCCAAGCCAUGAGGAUGUCACCCAUCUUUCCUGAGCAUCGCUUGCAGAUUGGUGGAGAGCUUACUCGAGGACUCGGUGCUGGUGGGAACCCAGAAGUUGGUAUGAGUGCUGCUAAUGAAAGCAACGCAGCAAUAGAGGAGGCAGUUGAUGGAGCAGACAUGGUCUUUGUCACUGCUGGAAUGGGUGGGGGAACAGGCACUGGGGGAGCCCCUGUAAUUGCUGGAAUCGCAAAAUCCAUGGGCAUUUUGACUGUUGGUAUAGUCACCACUCCAUUCUCAUUUGAAGGACGAAGAAGAGCUGUUCAAGCUCAGGAAGGAAUCGCAGCUUUAAGAGAAAACGUUGAUACCCUCAUUGUCAUUCCAAAUGAUAAAUUGCUCACUGCAGUUUCUCCAUCCACACCAGUAACAGAUGCAUUCAAUCUUGCUGAUGAUAUUCUUCAACAAGGAGUUCGGGGUAUCUCCGAUAUUAUCACGUGUUGCAACUCUAAUAAGAUAAAGUUGAGUGCAGCUUUAGCAGCAGCAGGAUUAAUUGCUUGCCAUGCCUCAAAAAGGUUCCCUGAUGAACAGUGGGAGAAGUAUGCAGUUGUAACUCUCAUGGAUUGUCGACCUGCUCUUGAUCCCGUGCUUAGCAGCCAACAUAUUGGUUUUUAUCACAUUGCCAUUAUGCACACUUAUGAUAUUCAUGGAGGAGAAAAAUUGUGGGAGCUGGCAAAGCGAGUCCAUUCUUCAUUUAUGGACUCGAAGAGCAAGAAUAAGCAUUUCACUUACAUGGCCGAUCUCAACUUCUUAAUGUGCAAGGCAAUAGAGAACCCCAGUUUGACCCCAUCAUCGUCUCUCAGAACUUCACUAAUAUCUGUCUUCGAGGACCCUAUUUUCGAUCCUCCAAACAAACUGAAGGAGACCAUGGGGUUCGAAGACUUCAUUGGAUGUGCCUCAGUUGACGGAGUAGGCCCAUCAAUUGCAGUAUUCGACACAAUAAGACGCGGGGCAUUAGAUUGUGCCUUAGUAUAUCCAUUCCCAUUGUUUUCAAGGGAGCAGAUGAAUGACUUUAUAGAUAGAAUUAAUAGGAUUCUUUUGAAAGGAAUAUAGCUUAAUCGGUCGAUACCACCGUGUACUCAAUAUAUGUUGUGUCUUGAAAAUAGUUGUAUACUUUGACGAAUUAUAUUUUCAUCCCAACUUUUGUUGGGCAAUGAAUACAGUUAAUCGCUCUUUCUCCUUCA